AUGCUUUCCAAGUCCUUGAUCUCCGUCUUGGCUCUGACCUCCGCUGUCUCCGCCUCCCCCGCUCUCCGCCGUGAGACUCAGAGCAACGACAACUGUCUUGCUAAGACCAAUGCUUGCCGCACAACUCGCGGCCCCGAUGGCCUCUCUGCAAACCAAGCUCAAUGCUCAGCAGAGGAUGCAGCUUGCAAGGGUGCUUGCUAUGCAACCCUGAUCAAGUGUCAGAACACCCGUGGUGCUGAUGGCCUUUCGGCCAACCAGGCUGCAUGCAUUGGCCAGUACGCCGACUGCCUUGGAGAGAACCCCAUCGCCUCGACUGGAGGUAUCAUUUCCAGCUUCAUCCCUUACACAGCCACUGCCUCUUCUUCCGCAGCCGCUGCAACUACCUAUGCUUGCAACCCUGCUCAUUCUUACCCCGGCGGACAGCAGUGUGUCUCUACAAACGGUGCCUUGACUCUCGUCUCACCUACCACCUCAAAGGCUUCUUCCGCAGCCGCCGCAACCACUUACGCCUGCAACCCCGCUCAUUCUUACCCCGGUGGACAGCAGUGCAUCUCUACCAACGGUGCCUUGACCCUUGUCACACCCACUAGCACCAAGGCCUCGUCCACAAGCACUACUGCCGUUGCAGGCUCUCCUGCUCCCAGCGACUGCAAGUCUAAGGACAACAUCUGCCGCACUACUCGCAAGGACGGUCUCUCUGCCAACAUGGCUCAGUGCGCUGCCGACAAUGCCGCCUGCCAGGGCGCUUGCUACGAAGCCUACAACAACUGCAGAACCACUCGCGGCCCCGAUGGUCUUUCCGCCAACAUGGCAGAAUGCGCCUCUCAGUAUGCCAGCUGCCUCGGCGAGAACCCCAUCGCUUCCACUGGCGGCCUGAUCUCUUCGUUCCUGCCUUACAGCGCUACUGCAUCCACCAUGGCUACCUCUACCGCUAAGGCUUCUUCCGCUGCUGCUGCCUCUUCCGCUGCCGUCUCUGCCGCCGCUCCCGGCUCCAACCCCAAGAAAGUCGAUGGCGCCACCUGGACCUUAAACAACGUGAUCCGCUACUGCGGCGACAACAGCAAUACCUGCGACUACAACUUUGACAUUGUCGCCAAGGGCAAGACUGAGCACUGCACCAUUGUCAACGCCUCCAAGCACUCUUUCUCAGGCCAGAAGUGCGCUAACGGUGAUUACACUGUUUCUUGGGGAUACGUCGCCAACCCUGCUCCUGCUUUUGCUGUAAUCACUGUUGUUGAUGCUAAGAAUGAGUUGGCUUGGUUCGGUGCUAGCAAUGUUGACAGCCAGCGUACUUGGGGUAACCUUGGUCCUGAGCAGGUUUACACUUACAACUAA